AUGUCUGCCUCCUCCUACAGCAGCCAGGCAGGAACCUGGCAAGAGCGCCUUGAAGAUGCCUGCCGAGAGGCCAACAUCAUGCCACCUGUGUUCCAAGUCGUCUCCGAUCGGCGAGGAGGGCGCACAGCUUGGUCUAGCCAGGUGACCGUCCACGGGCGCACGCUCUCGGCCCGGUUCUGGUACGAUGGGAAGAACUUGAACAAUGCAAAGGAGGACGCCGCAGAAAUGGCUCUGAACUACCUCACAGGUUCGAAUCCUAGCCAGGCGAAUUAG